UACGGAAAGGACGAGUCUGAUUACUGUAGGCCCUUCCCCACACUCCGCCUAUACGUCGUUAUAUAUUGCGUGCUCGCGCAGUCACUCACGCUCCGCUCCGAAGAACAGGAAAGACGCAAGUCAAUGCGACGCGCUUGCGCAUGCCGUCUGGAGAGCGCGCUAUAUGUCCGCGACGCAUACCAGAUCAUCUGCAGCCGCGGGCUGAGCGUCGACGAUCGUGGAGAAAUCGUCUGA